AUGAAGGACCUCAUAGAAACCCCGUCUGCGACGGCAGAUCCUCAAUCCUCUGAGAAUGUCCUCUCUAUUCCCGGUCCUUCAACUGUUACCCUUUCGAAAUCUCGAUCUAGCUGGUGCUGCAUUGACGACAACCGCUUACGGAACAACCUCUUCGCCGCCGUCGGAUUUCUCGAGCUCGCAAACGCGGGUGAUUUCGCCGCCAACGUGUGGAACGACGUACCGGUUCCCAUCUACGCUAUUGUCUUCAUGGCCAUCGGAGGAACUUCAGCAUUCGUCUUGUCAAUAUGUGCUUUUUUUGACUCGAGGAAGGCCUGGAGGAAUAUCAAGUUUCUGAAACAACAGAAGAAACUGUUGAAAGCCGAAGAGACAUCCUUGAGUCGGGAUGUUUUCGUUGAGAUCACAACACGCGAAUUGAGAAUAGAAGUUAUCAACCGUUGGCUCAUGGAUCUACUUAUGGGCGGGGGUGCUAUGCUCAUCAGUACCGGUACAUUUAUGGCGAUCGGGGGAGCCAAUCCCAAAGUCUGGCUCGCCAGUAACAUCCUCUCCGGUUAUCUUGGAAACGCGCCUAUCGCUCUCUUCGGUCUGUUGAGUGCUAUCUGGGCUGUCAUGGUGGUAUUUAAGAUGACGUCCCACCGCGCCGCAGCACGAAAAGAACUCCAAGGGUCACCGACGCUGCGCGUUCUCAAGGAGAGAUGUUUCAACGUACAAGUAUUCUUCAUACUUAAUGGAGCCUCCAACAUUCUCGGUGGCGUCGGCUCCAUGUUGACGGCUGAGAGAUGGUGGGGAUACGUAAUCCUUAUUCCUGUUAUUAUAUCCUCCAUCUUCUGCAACAUUUGGUGGCGACACCGCGUUGGUUACGAUCGCCCAUACAUCUCAACACUUCCUGCCACUAAUCUCGAAAUAAUUACUGAGACUAUUGAGGCAACGUCGCAACUACGACAUGGUAUCCAAGACGGCGCAGGCGUUAACCUUGAGCAUAUCUUUGGAGAUUCUGUCACCCUUCAGGAAGUUUUGGAACUUUUUGUCAAGCACGAUUUAUUUGAACAACUUUCUCUUCGUCUGGUUGCGAACAAGCAUGUCAGACACCUCUUUGUCCAUGCUGAGGUCACAAGUGUACAAGUCAGCGUUGAUGGUAUCUUGGCUGUAGCAGAGGAAUACCACGCUACAAUUAUGGGUAUUUCAAUGACAUUCUUGAAGAAGCACGGUCCUAGGCACCUGCUGCAUCGCGAACGGUUUUUGUUAGAAGUCCUGGGGACUUAUCUCGUGGAACACAAGAAGAGGGAGGAGGUGACAGUUGAGAAAUAA